AUGUUCCAAGUUGGUGGUAUUGGGCCAAUUUUAGAAUCUCGAUUGGCCAAUAGUCCCUUCCUUGCGGGUGAGAAGUACACCAUUGCCGAUAUCAUGAAUUUCACGUGGGUGAGACGAGCUUCGAUUAUUUUGAAUGUUGAUCUCGCGUAUUGGCCAGCCGUCGAAAAAUGGGUGGCUCUCAUUGAAAAACGAGAUGCGGUAAAGAAAGGGUUAGGCAAUGUCAAUAUUCCAUUUUAG